CGGAGCUGCGCAUCGAGGAGCGGCUACAGCGGCGGCAUCGCGUCCUGAGGAGACCGGCGCUCAGCUGGACGCGCGCCAGCCGCUCCCGUAGCUGCCUCCCGCGGCCCAGGGCUGUCCCCUGGGAGCCGCCCGGGGUUUCCCGAAGGCGGCGCGGCGUGUUCGGGCAGCGAGGGGCGCGGGAACGGGGCGCGGGGGCCGCAGCCUGUUGGAGCGCCGGGGGGCGCCGGGCCAGGCCGGGCCGGGGGGAGCCCUGCGGACCCCGCGCGGGCCCUGCCCCCCGUAGCAGAAGAGUUUUCUCUAACUCUCCAAUUCCCCCUCCGUUCGGGCCCGACGCUGCAGGGAGACCCCCUCGGGAGCUGCCUCAGAAAGGAGUGUCAUGAAAAAGGAACAGAAAAGAGGCAUCCUUUGGUGAAAGGGGAGCUUUCUCUCCCAGUUGGUGGUUACUUCCUGAUGGGAAGAGGAGAAAUACCUAGGUGGCUGAAGAGAUUAGAUUUUUACAGUGGUACAGAUGAAGAUGAUAAAAGACAACAUGAAAAUGCUUCCUCUGGGUCAUAAAAGGCUAAUGAGUGAGCCUGAAAAAGACAGGUUUGAAAUGAGGGCAGAAAUUUUUGUCUUUUGUAAACCAAGUAGGACUUUGAACACCUGUUGAGGAUGUUUUUCUCCCAAAAAUGGAAGAAGAAAAAGUUCUUGAAACAAGAAGUGUAUAAUGUGCAGAGGAGUAGCAACUGGGUCCACUCCAAGAAUUCCAGUACUUCAUCAACUUCUUGGGGAAACACACAAACACAUCAUACCUUGGUUUGGUGAAUUCAUCAUCAGUGAUGGUUUUCAAUGUAGGAAUGACUCUUAAUUUGGAAUUUUGGAGUGCUUCUUAUUUUUACGUGUGUUUCUACUCUUCAUGUUAGAUAAAAAUAUAUGUAAAGGAAGGAAAUACUGAAUUUACAUUAUGUCUAUCUAUACAUAUUCCUUGUGUAUUGGGAAAAAUUAGUGGCUUUAACAUUCUUUGAAGUUUUAUUGGAAUCAAAACCGUGACAGGGACACAGAUACACAAAGUAAGUUUUCCCUUUUUGGCAACUGCACUUGCUUUGAAUGAGCCGAAUGUCAGCUGGAUUUUGCAGCAUAUAUAGUUUACUAUCUUUGUUUGAUCAAGGCCUUAAAUGUGUAUUUUAUAAAAACCACAUGGGAAAUGCAUUGAAUACUGUGCUUGACAUGUAAAAGAAAGGAACUCCCUGAUGGAUCAUGGCGUUAAUGUUUACAGGACAUUUUUUAUUUUUAGCGUUAGUGAUGUUUGGUUUCUCAACUUUUGAAGAAUCUGUGAGCAAUUACUCUGAAUGGGCAGUUUUCACAGAUGAUAUAGAUCAGUUUAAGACACAGGAAGUGCAAGAUUUCAGACUCAACCAAAAGCUGAAGAAAAAUGUGCUUCAUCCAAGUUUAUAUUUUGAUGCUGAAGAAAUCCACGCAAUGAGACAGAAGUCUCGCACAAGCCAUUUGCAUCUUUUUAGAGCUAUCAGAAGUGCAGUGACAGUUAUGCUGUCCAGUCCAACAUACUACCUACCUCCACCCAAGCAUGCUGAUUUUGCUGCCAAGUGGAAUGAAAUUUAUGGUAAUAAUCUGCCUCCUUUAGCAUUGUACUGUUUGUUGUGCCCAGAAGACAAGGUUGCCUUUGAAUUUGUCCUGGAAUAUAUGGACAGGAUGGUUGGCUACAAAGACUGGCUAGUUGAGAAUGCUCCCGGGGAUGAGGUUCCAAUUGGCCAUUCCUUAACAGGUUUUGCCACUGCCUUUGACUUUUUAUAUAAUUUAUUAGAUAACCAUCGAAGACAAAAGUACCUGGAAAAAAUAUGGAUUGUUACUGAGGAAAUGUACGAGUAUUCCAAGGUCCGCUCAUGGAGCAAACAACUUCUCCACAACCACCAGGCUACUAAUAUGAUAGCAUUACUCACUGGGGCCCUGGUGACAGGGAUAGAUAAAGAAUCUAAAGCAAAUACAUGGAAACAGGUUGUAGUAGAUGUGAUGGAAAAGACAAUGUUUUUGUUGAAUCAUAUUGUCGAUGGUUCUUUGGAUGAAGGUGUGGCCUAUGGAAGCUACACAGCUAAAUCAGUCACACAAUAUGUUUUCUUGGCCCAGCGCCAUUUUAAUAUCAACAACUUGGAUAAUAACUGGUUAAAAAUGCACUUUUGGUUCUAUUAUGCCACCCUUUUACCAGGCUUCCAAAGAACUGUAGGUAUAGCAGAUUCCAAUUAUAAUUGGUUUUACGGUCCAGAGAGCCAGCUAGUUUUCUUGGAUAAGUUCAUCUUGAGGAGUGGAGCUGGAAAUUGGUUAGCCCACCAAAUUCGAAAGCAUCGACCCAAAGAUGGACCCAUGGUUCCCUCCACUGCCCAGAGGUGGAGUACACUUCAUACUGAAUUCAUCUGGUAUGAUCCCCAGCUCACCCCACAGCCUCCUGCUGAAUAUGGGACAGCAAAAAUGCACGUGUUCCCUAACUGGGGUGUUGUCACUUAUGGGGCUGGGUUGCCCAACACACAGACCAAUACCUUUGUAUCUUUUAAAUCUGGGAAGCUAGGGGGCCGAGCUGUAUAUGACAUAGUUCACUUUCAGCCCUACUCCUGGAUCGAUGGGUGGAGAAGCUUUAACCCAGGCCAUGAACAUCCAGAUCAGAACUCAUUUACUUUUGCUCCCAAUGGGCAAGUAUUUGUUUCUGAAGCUCUCUAUGGACCUAAGUUGAGUCACCUUAACAAUGUGUUGGUGUUCGCUCCGUCACCCUCAAGCCAGUGUAACAAGCCCUGGGAAGGUCAGCUAGGAGAAUGUGCACAGUGGCUCAGGUGGACUGGUGAGGAGGUUGGUGACGCGGCUGGAGAAAUCAUCACUGCCUCUCAGCAUGGAGAAAUGAUGUUUGUGAGUGGGGAAGCAGGGCCGGCUUAUUCUUCAGCACUGAAACUGAAAAGUGUGUAUCGUGCUUUGCUUCUCUUAAAUUCCCAGACUUUGCUUGUUGUUGAUCACAUUGAGAGGGAAGAAGAUUCCCCAAUAAAUUCUGUCAGUGCCUUCUUUCAUAAUCUGGAUAUUGAUUUUAAAUACAUCCCAUAUAGGUUUAUGAACAGGUAUAAUGGUGCCAUGAUGGAUGUAUGGGAUGCUCACUACAAAAUGUUUUGGUUCGAUCAUCAUGGCAGUAGUCCCAUGGCUAGUAUCCAGGAAGCAGAGCAAGCUGCUGAAUUUAAGAAACGGUGGACUCAAUUUGUUAAUGUUACAUUUCACAUGGAAUCCACAAUCACAAGAAUUGCAUAUGUCUUUUAUGGGCCAUAUGUCAAUGUUUCCAGCUGCAGAUUUAUUGAUAGUUCCAAGUCUGGACUUCAGAUUUCUCUCAAUGUUAAUAAUACUGAACAUGUGGCUUCCAUUAUAACUGAGUACCAUAAUCUGAAGACAAGGUUCAACUACCUGGGAUUUGGUGGCUUUGCCAGUUUGGCUGAUGAGAGCCAGAUAACCCAAUUUGGUUUGGGCACUCAAGCAAUAGUAAAGUCUGUAAGACAUGAUAGAGUUAUUUUCCCCUUUGGAUUUAAAUUUAAUAUAGCAGUUGGGUUAAUUUUGUGCAUUAGUCUGGUGAUUUUAGCUUUUCAGUGGCAUUUUUAUCUUUCUUUUAGAAAGUUGAUGCGAUGGAUACUAAUCCUUGUUAUUGCCUUGUGGUUUAUUGAGCUGUUGGAUGUAUGGAGCACUUGCACUCAACCCAUCUGUGCAAAAUGGACAAGGAAAGAGGCUGAGGCAAGCAAGAACUCUUUGUCUUCUGAAGGGCACCAUGUUGCUCUUCCCGAUGUUGUUAUUACCUCACUUCCUGGUUCAGGAGCCGAAAUUCUUAAGCAACUUUUUUUCAACAGUAGUGAUUUUCUCUACAUAAGGGUUCCAACAGCUUACAUUGGAAUCCCUGAAACUGAAUUUGAAAUCGACUCAUUUGUCGAUGCCUGUGAAUGGAAGGUGUCAGACAUCCACAGUGGGCGUUUUCGUUUACUCCAAGGAUGGUUACAGUCCUUAGUCCAAGACACAAAACUGCAUUUGCAAAACAUCCAUCUGCAUGAACCCAGUAGGGGUAAACUGGCCCAAUAUUUUGCAACAAAUAAGGACAAAAAAAGAAAAUUGAGAAGGAGGGAGUCUUUGCCAGAACAAAGAAGUAGAAUGAAAGGCGCCUUUGAUAGAGAUGCUGAAUAUAUUAGGGCUUUGAGGAGACACCUGGUGUACUUCCCAAGCGCACGUCCUGUGCUCAGUUUAAGCAGUGGGAGCUGGACAUUGAAGCUUCAUUUUUUUCAAGAAGUUUUAGGACCUUCGAUGAGGGCAUUGUAUGUGGUAAGAGACCCUCGGGCUUGGAUUUAUUCAAUGCUGUACAGUAGUAAACCAAGUCUUUAUUCCUUGAAGAAUGUGCCAGAGCACUUGGGUAAAUUGUUUAAAAUAGAGGGAGGUAAAGGCCGAUGUAACUUAAAUUCAGGCUACGCUUCUGAGUAUGAAUCAUUGAGGAAAGAAUUAUCAAAACCUCAAUCAAAUGCAGUCUCCCUGUUGUCUCAUUUGUGGCUGGCGAACACAGCAGCCGCCUUGAGAAUAAAUACAGACUUGCUGCCUUCCAGCUACCAGCUGGUCAAGUUUGAAGACAUUGUGCAUUUUCCUCAGAAAACCACUGAAAGGAUUUUUGCCUUUCUUGGAAUUCCUUUGUCUCCUGCUAGUUUAAACCAAAUAUUGUUUGCCACCUCCACAAACCUUUUUUACCUUCCCUAUGAAGGGGAAAUAUCUCCAACCAAUAUUAACCUUUGGAAGCGAAAUUUGCCUAGGGAUGAAAUUAAACUGAUUGAAAACAUCUGCUGGACACUGAUGGCUCAUCUAGGGUAUCCAAAGUUUGUGGACUAAAUGCUGCAGGUCAGCAGAAAUUUGCACUAAUGUUUCCAGCCUAAUUUGUGGAUAUGAAUUAGAAGAGUAUGUUUAUUCUUGUACAAUGUGUGUGUGUGCGUGUGCGCAGUCUGUUACUUGCACAAAGAUUAUUUUUAAAAUAACACAGUUGGCCUAACAGGAUUUAUUUUUUCGUCAUCAUUUUCCUUUUUGUCUGAAACUUUUUCUGCUGAAUGUUUCUGCUACGGAAGUGUAGAUGAAGUUAUAUCAUGGGAUCAGGGAGUUGGGAAUAUUUUAAAGGUUUUGUCUAAGUCUCCUUCAUCUGUAACUGUGCUGAUCUAUCUUGGGACCUCGAAUACUGCUAAAGGUUUUGCAAUUGUUGCUUUACUCGAGCUAACUUGCUUUCAAGAUGGACUACAAAAGAUUCUUACCUUUUUUUAAAAAAAAGUCUUGUAACACAUUUAUCUUGCACACACAAAAAGUUCCUUUUACUGUGUGUAAUGUUUGGUGAUAUCACUGGGGAAAUGCUGAAAGCUUCUAUUAAAGCUAUAGAUUCCUUUUGGGAAAACAGUUGGAAAUA